GACAAGCCAGGCUCUGGGAGAGUCACACACAUAAGCCCAGCCCUGAGUUAAUCAAACUAGCAACAGGAUCUUCAGCAGCAGUGGUGGCUGUGGCAAGAGUAGCAGCAGCAGCAGCAGCAGCAGCAGAAGCAGCGGUGGCGGCGGCAGCAGCAAUAGCAACAGCAGCAUUAUGCGUGAUUACUGACAGGCACCAGCUGCUGCCGCCACAGCCCUCUCCACGCACUCACUAUGUGGACUCUCAGAUGGAGACGCGGAUUCCUGACUAAUCCCAGAGGGCUGGCCCAGCCUCUGCUCCCUGGGCUGCGAGGAAGCGAUGACCACUCUUGUUAGCCCAACUUAAAGAGAGCUCAGCUUUGCCCGGGAGCUUGGAGAGGCCGUGCUAUUUCGACGACAGACAAGAGAGAGAAAAAGAGAGAAAUAUGAACUGAAGAGUCAACAUGUAUGGAAAUUAUUCUCACUUCAUGAAGUUUCCCGCCGGCUUUGGCGGCUCCUCUGGUCACGCCAGCUCCACGUCCAUGAGCCCAUCGGCUAUCUUGUCUGCUGGGAAGCCGAUGGAUGGCCACUCCAGCUACACAGACACCCCUGUGAGUGCCCCACGGACGCUGAGUGCAGUGGGAGCCCCCCUCAAUGCUCUGGGCUCUCCAUACAGAGUCAUCACUUCAGCUAUGGGCCCGCCAUCGGGAGCGCUGGCAGCCCCUCCAGGAAUCAACUUGGUUGCCCCACCAAGCUCUCAGCUAAAUGUGGUGAACAGUGUCAGCAGUUCAGAGGACAUCAAACCCUUACCAGGGCUCCCGGGGAUUGGAAACAUGAACUACCCAUCCACCAGCCCUGGGUCUCUUAUUAAACACAUCUGUGCCAUCUGUGGGGAUAGAUCCUCAGGAAAGCACUAUGGGGUGUACAGUUGUGAAGGUUGCAAAGGGUUCUUCAAGAGAACCAUAAGGAAAGACCUCAUCUACACGUGUCGGGAUAAUAAAGACUGCCUCAUCGAUAAGCGCCAGCGCAACCGCUGCCAGUACUGUCGCUAUCAGAAGUGCCUUGUCAUGGGCAUGAAGAGGGAAGCUGUGCAAGAGGAGAGACAGAGGAGCCGAGAACGGGCUGAGAGUGAAGCGGAGUCUGCCAAUAGUGGUCAUGAAGACAUGCCUGUGGAGAGGAUUCUAGAAGCUGAACUUGCUGUUGAACCAAAGACAGAAUCCUAUGGUGACAUGAAUAUGGAGAACUCAACAAAUGACCCAGUCACCAACAUAUGCCAUGCUGCCGACAAACAGCUUUUUACCCUUGUUGAAUGGGCCAAGCGCAUUCCCCACUUCUCUGACCUCACGUUGGAGGACCAGGUCAUUCUGCUCCGAGCAGGGUGGAAUGAGUUGCUGAUCGCCUCUUUCUCCCACCGCUCGGUUUCUGUGCAGGAUGGCAUCCUUCUAGCCACGGGUUUACACGUCCAUCGGAGCAGUGCUCACAGUGCUGGCGUUGGCUCUAUUUUUGACAGAGUUCUGACGGAGCUGGUUUCCAAAAUGAAAGAUAUGCAGAUGGAUAAGUCGGAGCUGGGGUGCCUGCGAGCCAUCGUGCUGUUUAACCCAGAUGCCAAAGGCCUAUCCAAUCCGUCUGAGGUAGAGACUUUGCGAGAGAAAGUUUAUGCCACCCUUGAGGCCUACACCAAGCAGAAGUAUCCGGAACAGCCAGGCAGGUUUGCCAAGCUGCUCCUACGCCUCCCUGCCCUGCGCUCCAUUGGCUUGAAAUGCCUGGAGCACCUCUUCUUCUUUAAGCUCAUCGGGGACACACCCAUCGAUACCUUCCUCAUGGAGAUGUUGGAAACCCCGCUGCAAAUCACCUGAGGCGCCUGCCAUGCCACUCUCCCCGCCCAGGAUCAUCCCUGGGGCCUGAGUGUGUGGACUCCCACCCGCACUUCUUGUAUACUCCCCUCCAGCUGUCUCCCGACCCCAUUCUCAUUCCCAAAAUGUGAUGCUUAUAAUAAAGGCAACCUUUCUACACUUGACGCUUUUAUAGGUGGAGUUUUGUAGAGAUGUUCAAUGUAACCCUUCUUUGAUACAUAAGGGGCUGGGGGGGUGGUCUUUCUGGAUGUUCUUGGAAAACUAACUCAUGACUGUACAGAGAACUGGUUUAAAUUAUUUUUUCACUUGCCAUGGAAAGCAAACAAAACAAUAAAAAUAAUAUAUGCUGUUGGCA